AUUAAGACAGAGAGUCCUAGCGUAGCUCAGGGGAAAGCGGGGAGAGAGAAUUCUUGCGAAUUCGCAAGAAUCAGAGGAAAGGGUGGGAAUCGGAAGCGGUCGCCAGAGCGGGUCGUUGAAAGCCAAGCUCUCGUCUUGUCCCAAGACUGUAGAAGGGCCAACCCGCACCUCAGACAGCAGAUUUAAUUCUCAGUUAAGGAUUAAACUUCCGCGACCUCGAUGGAACUUAUUUCUCAGCAGUCAUACAGGACUCUGCUGCUAACCCUUUCACUCCUCCCCUUUCUUUUGGGGACAAACACACACACACAUCUCCGGGGCUUCUCCGAUCGCCUGCCCUUUCGCACUCUAUGACGUGUGCCCUGCAGGGCGGGCGGCGGGCAAAAAAAGAAGAGUGCCGUCACCGGAGGGUGUGUUUUGGGAGAGCGCGUGCGGACCUUGCCGCCGUGGAACUCUGGGAGGCGACAGCGCGUUCCCUCCGAGAGCGAGCGGGGGAAAAAGGGAAAGAGGUACUUCUACCUUUCUCUCGCUCUCUCCGUCUCUUUCUCCCUCCCUCCGUCUUUUACCCACCAUGCUCCGAGUCUGGACUCUGCGAUCCCGCCGCCGUUUUCGCUUCAGGAGCGAGGCUCGUUAUUGCUGGCUUUUCCCUGGUUUUCCUCUCUUGGGAAAAGAUGAAGAAGGCAGGGUCAGGAGGUAGGAGAAGCUGACGAACUCCCGCUUCUCCUCUUUCUUCUCCGCCGCCGCCGCCUCCUCCUGGAGCCUGUUCCCGCGCGACCACCAUGAGGGAUGAGAAAGAAGCCGCCGCCUCCGCUCCCCUCCACCGCGGGCUCAAGAAACUUGUCAGCCAGCAGCCUCCGGCUCGCGGCUCUGCGGAGCCCAACCUGCGGAACGGCUACGCGAAGGGAUGCGCGACUCCCCUGCCCCGGAGCCCCACGCUGGACUUCCGUGCGCUGCUCCCGGCCGCCUCGCCCCGCGCUCUGGUCUUGGGGCUGGGCGCCGCGGCCGUUGCCUUGGCGCUCCUGGCGUGGUCCUUGCUCUGGGGAGAGCGUGAAAGGAAAGCGGGCGCAGCUGCAAGCCGCCACGAAGCAACCGGGCUGUUGGCGCUGCUCGGGCUUUGCCAGUGCCUGAGCCCCCUCUUCAGUCUUGCCUGUGCCUUUUUCUUCCUCACCUGCUACCUGGCCCGGGACGAGCCCGGCGGCCUCUGGUGGGUCCUGGCGCUGCCGGUUUGUUGCUACGCGGGGGACUUGGUGGCGCUGCAGUGGCUCCUGCUGUCCCACCAGGCCAAAGCAGAGGGGGGCGUCCCCCAAGCCCCACCAGCCGAAUUGCAGAUGAUGGCGGGGCGGUUGUUGGCCACGCUUGGCACUGUGGCCGGGCUGACCCUUUUGCAGCGGAGCCUCAAACUCCGGAGCAGCCUCCUGGUUUUGGUUUUCUCCAGCUUCGUGUGGCUGGUGUCGCUCACCAGUCUGGGUUCUCUGCCUCCGCCCCUUAGACCGCUCCUGUCCUGCUUCGCCGGGACGGCGGGAUGCUUGUUGGCGCUGCUGGGAGGAGAGUGCUGCAUAUUCUCUUCUCGCUCCCCUCUGGGUCGGUGUUCACAGCAGCACCGCCGGUGUUCGCAUCCGAAGUUGCCCAGCAGCGCAGAGCACAAAGUUCCUGUGAUCCGACCCAGGAGAAGAUCCAGUUGCGUGUCCUUGGGGGAGACUUCUGCCACUUACUAUGGCAGCUGCAAAAUGUCCAGGAGACCUUCGUUGCCUUGCAUUUCCAAAGAACAGAUGAUUCUUUGGGAGUUGGGGAUG